CCAAAAAGUGAGAUUUUUCUGUGGACCAAUAAUAAGUUCCUACACUGGUUGGCGCCAAAUAUCAAGAAAACGACCUAUCACUCUUCUCUCUCAGGAUGCUGGUACAGAGUAAUUACUGGGCUCAAUGUUGCAUCAAUUAUUCACAGUUAUUUACCCGCAAAUAAACAAACAUGCAAAUAAAUAAAUAAUCGUCUCCUUUGGUGUGAGCACCUGCUUUGACUCUCUCUCGGUGUGCAAAAAAAAAAUGUGCGCACCACUUUUGCGCUUCAUCACCUGCAUUGUGUCUUUCUUUAUGUUGAGAAAUAACAAUAAUCUUAUUUUCCAAAAAAAAAAAAAAAAAGUCUGCAGGCUGUCUGCUUUCAUUUUAGAGUGAAGAGAGAGAGAGAGAAGGGGGGUUGUUCUGGGCAGAUAUCUCCAUCUAAGCCCUGCGCUAUAAUUGAAAUGGCGCAUUUGGCUGCAGGCAGGUUGUGAGGGCGCUUUCUGCAGCAGCAUGCAUGCAUGUCCAUAGACGUCAUUUGAUUUUUAAUGGCCUGCAGGACAAUUUGGCGUUACAACUCCAGACAUUAAGGCAAGAGAGAGGAGAGAGGGAGGGAGAGAGAAAAGAGAGAGAGGAGAAAAUCACCGCAUGAAAGAUAUUGGUUCAAGGAUAUCUCUUCAUUUUCAACAUUAUUUUUCCUACUGGGACUUUAUCAACAAGUUACUGCGCCUUUUAUUGCGCGUUGCACAGAGUGGAGGACUAUGGCAGCUCGCCUGGCUUUAAACUUUAGAUUCAGGCUGGAGAUGGAGAUGGAGAUGGGAUUGUAUGCCUACUAGCUGGAAAGUGCCUGGGGAACUAUUACAUCAGACGGAGUGACAAUGAUUAAAAUCUGCUUUUUGCUGCUCUAAAUCUAUUGAGCGACAGUUAGUUGCCUGUUAUAGGUCUCCUAUAUCUAAAAUCACAACUUCACACCACUAAAGGGAACGGUCUACUUUAUAGCCGGGGAAAAAAUAGAUAAGUUAUUAUAUCUGUGCAGUCAUAAUUUCGGGAAAUAGUGGGGGGGGGGGUAUUUUUUCUUUCCUUGAGAAAAUUGCCUGUGUGAGAGAGUGGAGUUGAGCUAAUUGUAGCCUAAUCCCUGCUGCAUGGCCCAGAGGCGCUCAGGCUGCCCGGAGCAACAAUACUCUUUUUUUCCAGCUCUGCUCUGUUAUUUAGAGACGGAUUAUUGGCUUUUCUUCUUCUUCUUCUCAUAACAAACCACAGACAGGGGCAGUUUUCAUUUUUAGGCAAAAGAGGAAAAAAAAGAAGAAGCUGGAACACGAAGCAGGAUUCCAAAUUCCAAAUUCCAAAUUCCAAAUUCCAUUUUUUUUACGCGUAUCCACAAAUAAGAGCACAGAAGAAGAAGAGAGGAAGGAGAUCAUCUCAUCUAAUGUACAAGGAGGGAAGAAGCAUGUCUCGGCUGUCUCUGACCCGGUCCCCGGUCUCUCCUCUGGCCACUCAGGGGAUUCCUCUGCCGGCUCAGCUGACCAAAUCCAACGCCCCUGUGCACAUCGAUGUGGGGGGACACAUGUACACCAGCAGCCUGGCCACCCUCACCAAGUACCCAGACUCAAGAAUCAGUCGUCUGUUCAAUGGCACCGAGCCCAUCGUGUUGGACAGCUUGAAGCAGCACUACUUCAUAGAUCGGGACGGCGAGAUAUUCCGCUACAUUCUCAGUUUCCUCAGGACCAGCAAAUUGCUCCUUCCAGAUGACUUCAAGGACUUCCACCUGCUGUACGAGGAGGCGCGCUACUACCAGCUGAUGCCCAUGAUCAAGGAGCUGGAGCGUUGGAAGCAGGAGCGUGAGCAGCGACGGAUGGCACAGCCCUGCGACUGCCUGGUGGUUCGCGUCACGCCAGACCUGGGCGAGAGGAUCGCCCUGAGUGGCGAGAAGGUCCUCAUCGAGGAGAUCUUCCCAGAGACCGGAGACGUUAUGUGUAACUCAGUCAACGCCGGCUGGAACCAGGACCCAACACACGUCAUCCGCUUCCCCCUCAAUGGCUACUGCAGGCUCAACUCUGUCCAGGUUCUGGAGCGCCUCUUCCAGAAAGGUUUCAGUGUGGCAGCGUCUUGCGGAGGUGGCGUGGACUCAUCCCAGUUCAGCGAGUAUGUGUUGUGUCGCGAGGACCGGCGGAGUCUGUCCAUCAACACGCCCAUCAGGAUAAAACAGGAACCCCUGGACUAGAGCAUUCUGGGCGAGGGACUGCCAACCCUACCAACUACUCCUUCCAUCUUCUCACACCACCACCCCCCCCCCACCCUACCUCACCCUGCCCCCUCCCUCCCUGUCCUCACAGGACCACAACCACCCCCAACAUACCUAAGUAUUAGCAGAGGCUUGUUAACCUCACCUGCUCUGCAGAACACUAAGGGGAAUGUAGUAUCAAACAAAAAGGAAAAAAAAGCAUCAGCAGCAAAAGUUUUUGAUUAUGUUAAAUGACGCCCAAAGAAUCUGGGACUGUGAUGAAAACAACACCAACGACAAAUGGACUCAACAGCAGCUCACUUGAAGCAUUUUAGCACCAUGACUGGUUGAUUUUGCCCUCUUCUUCUUAUGAAAAAGGUGUCCUGACCCUUUUGGAGUGACACAGCCUCCUCAAAUCCCAAUACACUCCCCAACAUCCCCCUCACCCUUCUACCCCUCUUUCAGUGGUGUAUCAUCCGAUUCUGUCUCUCUACGAGGCCCAUGUCUGGUCUGCUGUGGGACAGGAAAGCUUUGGCAGACGGGACGCUGUUAAGGAUGACAGGAAGAGGACAUAAUCCCAUCCCGCGAGCCCCCCAAAAAGGCCCCAAUCCCCAAGACCCCCGCGGCCCUCCAACCCCAUCCCACCUCACUCCACAGGCCUUGCUACAGACGGCGGGGGCCUCGCCGAAAAACAGCAUCGUUUGCCAAACUGAUUGUUUAUUACAAUUUUCAUUGUUGUUUCUAAAGUACGUUCUUCUUGCUCCUUUUGCUGUUCUUAUCAUGACAUGGUGUAAACAAUUAUUAUUAAUAGGAUUAUUUUUAAUGUCUCUUUUUUUCCUUUUCUCCAAUAUGAAGGAUGUAUGAACGUUGUAUUCAUUAGGCUUUGAGAGCUUGUGAGGGAGCGUUUCUUGGCAGUAGCUGCAGAAACUCAGAUGUCUGCAGGCUAUGUGGCUAAAGCGAUCUGGCUGGCAAUGCAUUCAGAGCUGAAAAAAAAAAAGUCCCAUUGUUCAAACGGGGAUGGAAGAGAACCUGGAUCUUUCAAAAUUGUUUAUAGUCAAAUGUGUAGCGCACAUAAAAAAGUGCUCUGGAAUUUCUGCUUAUUAACUCUAAAACAUAUCUCGGGUCUCUGAUCGGAUUCUCUGUCACGGGCACGAACCUUUGUUCGUGUUUAGCGAGAAGUUUAAGAAAGUCCGUCAAUUUGAAAAUCAGGUUGAAGUUGCACAAGCUCUGAGUGUGUUUUGUCGAGUUAGAAUGUUAAAGACUUGAGGACCGACGUGGACGUUUACCAGUAUGUCUCGUGAUCGGCAAGAGAUGUACUCUAAAUGCUUAAUGUUUCUUUGCACUUAAACGUUUCCUGCCCUGUUCCCGCCAUACACUUGUUUGAACCCAGUGACCAGCGCCAAGUCAAGCUGUUUAUCUUAGACCAGAAUAUUAAAACAAGCAAAAGUUACAACAGAACAAAUACUGUAAAGGUACCAGAGGAGACAAGGUGCCUAUUUUGUUGAUUGUACAAACAUAAAGACGUCACCUCUUUUUACAGUUUAUAGCUAAAGAAGACACAAUGCAUUAUAACAAACUGCACCAAUAUUUGUUCCUCCGGGCCUCCAGUCUAGUUGAGAAUAGCUCACAGUACCUCCAGACAAAGUUUGAGAGACAAAGUCUCUGUUUGUUUCAAUAUUGUCACUUCUAAGCCAAGAUUAUUCCGAUGGCAGAACCCAACGUGAACCGUACUCCCAGCAUCAGCGUCUUAUUCACAAAGAGGCGAGUGGGCGGCAUUUACUCUAUCCUGCUCUCAUUCUCUUGGUCUUAUUCGCAACAUUUCUGGAUCAAAGACAGAAACAAGAAAGGCCAAGUUUUCAUGCUUUGUAUUUGUGUGUAACUUACAGAUGCUGUUUCUUCCAUUCCAAAAGACUGAUAAGAAAAAAAGAAGUCUGAUCUUUGUUUGAGUUGAACUGGGGGUUGUUUUUAAAAACUAGUUGUUCAUUAAAAAUGGGUGGUAGUUCUUCUGACCAAUCUUGUCCUAAUAUCUGCUCUCACCGGACGGCCGCUGAUUAAACAAGGCCAAUGAGUGGAUAAAGAUGAGCUCGGUGUAAGCGUAGCUCCCAGUCUAGCGCGCUCCUCCCCGGGCGUCUCCCUCACAAUCAAGCCCAUCUUUGUUCUGACCUGCCAGUGGCCUGCGCCUUUGCAUCCAGUCGCCUCAAAGGGAAUGGUCAACCAGGCCUUUCAUGUGCCGAGGCAUGUUGGGCAUCUUCACAGCGCUCCUCACCCCCCUCCGCCUCCCCGAAGGCCCACAGCUCAGCGGUGCCAGUAGAAACUCGGGUUGCACCCCCUGCUGCUGUGUCAUCCCCAUGCCCUGGUUUUCAAAACGCCCUCCUACACUGUGGCUCGCUGGACCACACACUGCAACAAACCAAACUGAUGAGUCAAAUCUGAGCAUACUCAGAACUCACUGUACAGCCAGGCGGCUCGACUCUGCUGCUGAGCCCGAGAUCUUUUGAUCCAGUUGAUAUGAGGUGUGGAAACUCAUCUGGGUUAGUUCUCUAGGAAACAGGGGUAAAUAAAAUCAGUGUUGUUCUAAAAACACACAUCUGCAACUAUUACUUUUUUCAGGGAGGAAGGAAAGAAGGCAUAUUUUCUCACUGAUGUGGCAUUUGGAAAUCACAGAAUGGGCUUUUAUCAGCUUUAAAGAGUUAAGGGGUCAUGCACAUUAGAAUAAAACAUUAAUGGGCGAUCACACAAACACAUAAAGUGAAAAAAAAGGAACACAAAUUGCAGUUUUGGGCUUCUGUCUGCAAUAAACAAACCUGGGACGCCCCUUUUCGACCAAGCGUAUAAGUGACAGGUUAACUAGACAAACUCGACAGGACUGGGAACUUCAUAGACAUGUUCACACACGCCACCCUUCCAGAUAUAAGUGCAGGUCAGUGUUUCAGCCAGUUCACAUGGCAUUCACUCCACCUCUGAGGCGGGUCAGUUGUACUGUACAGUUAUUGUAUAUUGAAUUAUCAGGACUCUGGGUUUUACGGGACCCUCGUGUUUUUAAGAGACCUCUUAGUCCUCUUCACGAAAAGAAUGGAAAGAAUUCAAAGCAUUACAUUGUGUACAUAUGGAUUGAAACAUUUCAAAGGGUAUAAUAAGGUGCAAAAUGUAUAUUAUUUAAAGUGUUUAAAACAAUUAGACUGUGGUAUUAAAGGGCAUGUGUUCAUUUACAGUGUCUCCAUUUGACUUUUCUUGCAUAUUUGCGAUAAUAAAAGGAUGUAAUGAUGUA